CCCUGCGAGUAACGACCCCAGGGUUUUAAACUAACACAACUGGAGCCUCAGCGCUUUUUGUUCGUUCGGCCUCAGCGCUCUACUUCUUCUUCUUCCCAUUUCUUUCUGCAGUCUCUUUGGGCCAAUCAUACUAAGAAAACGGGACAAUUUUGUCUUCCGAAAGUUUCUGUUAUGCCUACUUGUUCCUUCUUUUUACUAGUGCUUUAAACAAAACUCCCAUCCACCGUUUCUAAACAUGACGAAUAAGAGAGUUCUUUCACGUCACCUCUUCUUCAAAUCCAGAAGAGCAGUAACAACCUCAGCUGCUCUUCCAUUAGACCCCUCCUACGCCACCGUUUCAUCCAUCCCCGCUGACCAUUUUUCCCUUUGCCUCUCCUUCUCUGAGCAACUCAUUAAUCGUGGCUUACUAUCCUCUGCUCGGAAACUCUUUCAGCGUGUCGUUUCUAACUCUUCUCCUGUCUCUGAUGCAUUAUCAACCGUUGAUUUCGUCACUUCCCGUGGCUUGGACCUUGAUUUAUCCACAUACGCUGUUCUCAUUAAGAAGCUUGUGCAAUCAGGGCAUCUCCCGUUGGCCUACUCUUUUUACUCCGAUUAUAUUAUUGGUAGAGGUAUUAUUCCUGACUCCUCUAUUGCUAAUUCUAUAGUCAUUUGUUUGUGUAAGUUAGGGAAGUUAGAGGAAGCUACAAUUCUUUUUGAUCGGCUUGUAACGGACAAUUCUUGUGAAAAGCCUGCCUUUAAUGCUCUCGUUAGGCUGCUAUGCUCGCAAGAAAGAUUUUUGGAUGCAUUUGAUUACUUUAUUAAAAUGAUUAAUAUUAAUGUUAAUUUGGGUUGCUGGUAUUAUAAUAUGUUGAUUGAUGGACUAUGUCAGAAAGGGUAUUUGGAAGAAGCGAUUCAAAUGUUUGAUUUAAUGCCUGAAAGAACAGAAUCGUUACCUACGCUUCAUUUGUACAAGUCUUUGUUUUAUGGUCUUUGCAAACAAGGGUGGGUUGUGGAGGCUGAGUCUUUGUUUGGAAAAAUGGAGUCGCAGGGUUUCUUUGUGGACAAGACGAUGUACACUUCAUUGAUAAAUGUAUACUGUAAGGGUAGGAAGAUGAAAAUGGCCCUGAGAGUUUACUAUAGGAUGCUCAAGAUGGGUUGUAGGCCGGAUAGUUAUACUUAUAACACAUUGAUCCAUGGGUUUGUUAAGAUGGGUUUGUUUGAUUACGGUUGGGUGUUAUUCAACCAGAUGAUGGAACAGGGACUGCAGCCAAGUGUGGUCACUUUUCACGUUAUGAUAAGUAAUUAUUGCAGGGAAGGGAAGGUGGAUUGUGCUUCUAUGCUUCUGAAUAACAUGAUUAGCAAGAAUUUAGCUCCUAAUGCCCACUGUUACACAGUUCUAAUUACAUCCUUAUGUAAGGAGAAUAGGAUAAUGGAAGCAGAGGAAUUCUAUGAAAGGAUGCUGAAUGGUGGUCUUGUUCCGGACCAUGUUUUGUUCUUCAAACUUAUGAAGAUGUACCCUAAGGGGUAUGAACUUGACAUUGCUUUUAUGGUUCUGAAGGCAAUAGCUCUAAAUGGGUGUGGAUUUGAUCCAUUAUUACUUCCGGUUUCUGCAAAUGAAGAAUUGGAGCAAAAGAUUGUGAUUCUGAUUGAGGAGAUCUUGAAAAGCAACUUGCAUCUAGCCAAAGUUGCAUUCAAUAUACUUAUAAGUGCCCUUUGUGAGCAAGCACAACAGGAUAGUGCUUUGCAUUUCAUGGAUAAAAUGGAGAGUCUAGGAUGCAUGCCUCUCCUUUUUACUUACAACUCCUUGAUAAAGUGUCUUUCCCAGAAGAGUCUUUUUGAGGAUGCUGAGUCCCUACUCAAUCGUAUGCAAGCUCAAGGUAUCUUUCCAGAUCAAGCAACCUGUUUGAUAAUAAUAAAUGAACACUGUAAACAUGGGAAUCUGGAACCAGCUUUUGAUAUCCUGGACCAAAUGGAGGACAGAGGAAUGAAACCUGGUGUUGCUAUUUACGAUUGCAUAAUAGGUUCUCUUUUCCGGCAAAAAAAGGUAUCUGAAGCUACAGCUAUGUUCAUAAGGAUGCUUGAGUCUGGGGUGGAUCCUGAUGAGAUUAUUUAUUUAACAAUGAUUAAUGGCUUUUCAAAUAAUGGAAGAGUCAUUGAAGCCGAUCAGCUAUUUCAUGAAAUGAUAGGGGCUGCUAUUAGGCCGACAUCUCAUUCUUACACCGCUCUGAUUAGCGGGUUAGUCAAGAAAAACAUGACUGAUAAGGGAUGCACGUAUCUUGAAAAGAUGUUGGAUGAUGGUCUUGUGCCUAAUGCUGUACUGUACACCUCUCUCAUCAGUAAUUUCUUGCAGAAGAGAGAGUUUGAAUUUGCUUUUAGAUUAGUUGAUUUGAUGGACAGAAACCAGAUUGAGCGUGACCUGAUCUUCUAUAUUUCACUGGUCAGUGGUUUUUACAGAAGCAUCAGCAGCAGGAAAAGAUGGUUCUCUAUGAGGAGAGGGUCUGAAAGAGCAAGAGAAAAAUUGUUCCAACUGCUCCACCGUCAAUCUCUACUGCCAAAAGAAAAGAAUUUAAGAGUUUCUGAUAGUUCUCCUGAAGCUAUGAAAUGUUUUGCUUUGAAGCUUAUUCAGAAGGUUAAACAAACAAGGUUUAUGCCAAAUUUGUACCUCUACAAUGGCAUAAUUUCUGGAUUUUGUGAGGCAGAUAGGAUGCAGGAUGCAUAUGAUCAUUUUGAAUUGAUGCAAAAAGAAGGCGUACUUCCCAAUCAAGUGACUUUUACCAUACUUAUGGGUGGACAUAUUAAAGCUGGUGAAAUUGAUCACGCCAUAGGCUUAUUUAAUAAAAUGAAUGCAGAUGGUUGCACUCCAGAUGGCAUUGUGUACAAAAUUUUAGUAAAUGGCCUUUGCCAGGCUAGUAGAUUACUUGAAGCGUUGUCACUUUUACAUGUGAUGCACAAGAGGGGGCUCAUUCCUAGCAAGGGUACUUAUGAAAUUAUACUUCAGUAUUUUUGUGCUAGUUAUUUGGCCAUCCCUGCAUUCAAGAUAUUCGAAGAGAUGCUUGUCUGUAGUCCAGGCCCACGGUUAUAUUAUUAUAACUGGUUGCUUUGUAUCUUAUGUGAACAACAGAAAUUGCGGGAAGCACGUAUAGUAUAUGAUUCAAUGAUUCAAAGUGGCAAAUAUCCUUAUAAGCCAACUAAAAGUCUCUUCAUCAAAACAUUUAGAAAAUGAGGAGAAAGCAAGAUGGACUUCUGCUGACGGCAAUGUUGGUAUUAAAUUAUUAAUUCCUCUCUUCUGUUAGCUGCAAGAACAAAGAGCUAAAGAUAUCAUGGCUUGGUGCCAGUGGAGUGUUAUUGAAGACAUGCCAGAAGGGAUUCUUUCACAAACAUAGGAUGAGAUGUUGCUCAUGCCUUGUUGCUAUUACAGCCCUGAAAAAUCAAGGGAGAAGUUUAAACUUUAGGCAGACAUAAAAGUUUGUACUUCAGUGUUAUGAGUUUUCCAGAUCCUUCAGAUUCCUGGUUCUAUAUAACUUACAGGGAUAAAGAUAAGUGUUAUACAAACUUUCCUGUGUUCAUACAACUGGUAAUGUGGUCCACUUUAAUGGAGAAGCUAAUAUAAUAUGAAGAGCGUGAAUGAUGCAGAGUGAUGGCUGUUGUAAACUUCUAAUGAAAUGCACCUUUUAGUGUCUUGCUUUGCAUUCUGCAAGGGUGUAGGUUUUCAACCCUGCAAGUCAAUUUAUGGCGUGAGAUGGUCGGGCAUUUGACAAUAUUUACUUCUGAGAAGCAAGUAAAUGGGUAAUGCUCUACGGAGUUUUACUUUCACAGAGUUUUGUUGAUGGAGAAAGCUCGGUUUCUUGCUAGGAGGCAACUGUUAUACUAUGCAUAGAAUAGAUGAAGCUCCCCUUCAACUUGCAGGCUGAUGUUAUGCAUAAAAGCUGAAGGACACCCUUUGUUCUCUUCUUUUACCUUUGUUGAUUUGCUUAGCAAUAAUUUUGGUUGAUUUCGGGUUCAUACUGGAUCAUAUAUGUAUAAUUUGUUCCUCUGUGUAUUGUGGCCGGGAAAAAAAAAAACAUUAAUUUAUUUAUUAUGCAUGUAUGACACAGGAGAAAUUCUUCUACAUAAUCAUGUGGAUUUCAACCAGUAUAAGAAAGACACGGCAGCAAUGAAAGAACAAAACAAUGUUUGGGAACAAAUUGAAAAUGAGUGAUACGGUUAAUAUGAUGAACUCAAAGACCAGGAGUGAAUGGUAUCCCAGCGUUUGGCAACCAUGAUGUUCCAGCAAUGAAGUUAGCCACUGUGAACUUUGAUGCUUCAGUAGCACUGGUUAUAACUCGGUAACCUUUCCAUUUUACCCUUCUACUUGUCGGAGCAGCGGGGCCGAUGUUUUGGUACUCUCCAUAAAACAAGGUAUUUAGAGCAAAGUCUCCAUCCCAUUCAAGCCAGCCUGCAGGAUCCACAAGGAAUCAAGGUAAGUUUUCAUGAAAACAGUACGUGAGUACUCCUUCCAUGGCCGUCCCAAGAACGUUUUGAAUGAACUAAGCACCGGGGAAAGGUCAGCAGUUGCCAUCACUCGUGAUCCAUGGAUUACAAUGCCAGUAUUUUGGUUAGGAUCGGUCCUGCCUUGGGCAGUUACCGUGUUCUUUUGCUGAUCCAUUGGCCUCCAUGCAUAAAUCAUGCAGUUCUGCAAAACCACAGCUGCAUUUCCAAAAAUGAAGUCUACUGUGCCAUAUAUGUAGCAUUCUUUGUAGAACUGUCGUUGAGAAUGGACGUAGAGUGUGUCUUGGUAUCCCUCGAAGCCACAGCGGUAGAAGACAGAAAGAUCAGAGCCUGAUCUCAAGGCCACUGCUUGGUGCUUCUGCGGUCCUGCGGUGUUGCGGAAUGUUAUGCCACGGGCAAUAAACCCUUCACCCGUUACCGCUGAAUACACAACAUAAUAUAAACAUUAUUAUUAUUUCCAAGAAAUAGUUAUGAACUUAUAAUCAAAAAGGUUUACAACAGGAAAUUUAGAAAUCCAGUAAGCAAAAUUACCAACAGUUGCAGAGUCAAAAGUGGUGGAACCAUCUCCAACGCUUCUGCUGCCAGUGAUAAUGGUGUUCCUCAAUCCAUCUCCAACCAACAUAAUAUUCUUCAACUUAUUGCCAAUCUCAAGGUUUUCUUGGUAAAUCCCACUUUUUACACGUAUCACAAAUCUACCUUUCCCACUCCUUUUUGAGGCGGCAUCAAGUGCUUCCUUAAUAGUCCUACGGUUCCCCGACCCGUCUCGAGCCACCAAAAGGUUGGGUGUUGGCGAAGAAGACUGCAACAGCUUUCUGUCACCGGCCUUGAGCCAGCUAGGAAAGCCGUGUUUGUAACUUUGGGGCACAAAUUUUGUAACUUUGGGGCACAAAUGAAGCGUUACUAGUCAAAGCCAAAGCAUUGCUUAUUAGCUUUGAGACAUUGUUGGACAUGAUUAGGGGUAAGACAUAAUCAGAAACCCUUAGCUCAACGAACCCUGCCCGACAAGUUUCAAGGUUGGUGAGGGCAGUACUUAGCCAGGUUUGGACGUCGAAAUCGGUGCAUUUGGUGGAGUGUAAGGUUUGGUUGAUUUGAAGAAUGAUUUGUUGAUAGAGUUUCAAACAAUCAGCCCAUGCAGCUUUCUCCUUGUCAUUUCGACAUUUCUUGCCCAGCCACUUGGUAUGAGUCUCAGCAUGGAGUGCACGUUCCAAGGCUAUUCCCACUGCCACUUUGCGGAACUCGGAUUUGGUCUUGGGCACCAAGGGUUUGGGUUCUUGGCGCAUGAAAUACUUGCAAGGCUGCGGGUUUGGGGUUUUGUCGCACCAAUAGUCCAUUGCAUUGGUGACUACAGAUGAAAGGGUUGGCGAAAUCGCCAUGGACAUGAUCAUAAAUAACACAAAGCAAGCUAGCUUAGUUGCCAUUUUCAAAUUCUCUAAUUUGCUCUAGUAGCUUUCAGUGUCGUUUAUAUAGGAGAAACAAGAUAUGGUGUAGGCUUUUUUGACAGG